UCCUCCAUAAAACAGGAGAGGGAAAGGUCAUCGAAAUUCCAGGGGAAGGGGAUACAUAUUGCGGAAUGCGCAACCGGCGCAAACAACGCGUAAACAACGCACUCUAGCGUUCGCACGCUAAGCUAAGCUUCCUCUGAGCCGAGAGGAAGUCGCAUACUUGUGCGUUCCAGGUGGGAUACGAAAAUAUACGGCGAAUACGAGGAGUUUACACUUCCUUUUCCACCGUCCUUCAUUACAUAUACAUCCGAGUGACGCUCGCGAGUAAUGGGAAAGACAAGGACGGGCAAGGCCGCCGUCGUGUGCACGGCGGUGGCGUUCGUUCUGGUGGUGAUCGCGUUCACCACACCCAACUGGCUAGAGACCGACGGGAAAUUGGAUAAUCCACAAUUCGUCAAGAUUGGUCUCUGGCAGGUGUGUUUCCAAGGAUUCCAGGAUCCGCGUCAUCUCUAUGAUACCAGAUUCUAUGGAUGUUGGUGGGUGUUUGAAGAAGAGUAUUACAUCAUACAUGACAUACUUCUACCCGAUUUCUUCGUCGCCACGCAGUUCUUCUUCACGCUGUGCUUCACCUUGUUGCUGAUAGGAAGUUUUUUGACUAUUUUAUAUACUUGUUGUUCGCGUCAGCAUGACAAGUAUCAGCUGCUUCUGUGGGCAAUCGGUGGCAAUUUAACUUUGGCAGGAAUAUGUGGUGUUAUAUCGGUGAUUAUAUUUGGUGCCAGAGGUGAUGGUCGAGAUUGGAUGCCUAAUUGGGAGCACAAUGAUAUCAGUUGGUCCUUUGCCUUAGCCGUCGUCGGCAGUUUUGUCCUGAUAGCCGCUGGUGUCUUAUACUUAAUCGAAGGACGUAGACAUAGGAAGAAGCAGGAGCGAAUAUUGAACGAAGAACAAAAAACGCAUACGACCAUUUAGCAUAUUUUUACAUCGUAAAUCAAACAAAUAUUCCCAAUGUAUCAAAUGAUACAUCGUGUAAGCGCAAAUUUUAUCCACUGAACAUGUAUCACGGAUAAAUCUUU